AUGCUGCCCUCUCGUACUCUGAGGCCAAUACAGCUUCAUUCGAGGCUUGCGGCACGGCCAAUUGCCUUGUGUAGGCGAUGUAUCUGGUCAACAGCAUCAGUGGGUUCAAGGAACCAUCCGCUGAAAAGAGACAUCUCGCCUGUACCGUACAAUUCUCGCAUUGUCAAGCGACUCCGCCACCAAGCAAGUAGCAACACAGAUAAAGAGGUAGCAGAGAAACCGAAAUCCGCUCCGUCUAUCCACGAGGACAUAUACACAAUACCGAAUUUCCUUACUGUGACACGAAUAGCUGCAAGCCCAGUCAUAGGAUACCUCAUAUUACAAGAUGCGAAUACCUGGGCUGUAGGCUUGCUGGCAUACGCUGGCCUUUCAGAUUUGGUUGACGGAUGGAUAGCGAGGAGAUGGAACCGCAGAACAGUUGUAGGGACGAUUAUUGAUCCAAUGGCGGAUAAAAUUCUCAUGACCAUAUUGACGGUUUGCCUGGCCGUCAAGGGAGCAUUGCCAGUGUGGGUUGCUAGCAUUAUCCUCGGCAGGGAUGUUGGGUUAGCUAUUUCAGCCAUUUACUUUCGCUGGAUUUCAUUGCCGCCGCCUAAAACGUUUUCACGAUACUGGGACUUUUCACUGCCAUCAGCCGAAGUUCGACCUACCACAAUCAGCAAAUACAACACCUUUCUUCAGUUGGCCUUGGUCGGUCUGACAACCGCAGCGCCGAUUUUGAGCGUUGAUUUAGCACCGACACUCACCAUUAUGCAGUACAUCGUGGCUACUACUACCAUUUGGAGCGGAGCGAGCUAUAUCUUCUCAAAGGAUGCAAUCAAGAUCCUAAAUAAGCCUUGA